AUGAAGCUCAGUCUUAUACCAUUUGCAAUACUUAUAUCGGUUGUAGUUGCAAACCUAGUUAAGUUUGAUCAUGACAGAUAUUCCCAGAUUUGUGCUGGUAUGUAUUCCAAGCAUGAUUGGGGAGGAUCAAUUAAACCACACAUUGGAAUGACCUUACAGCAAUUCAAUAAAAAUGUAUACAAUCCAAAAGACAAGAAUCAGAAAGUAGAUGGAGACAUCUCAGUAAGUUUCAUUAUCUUCGAAUUUAGAGAUUUCCCAAAUAUUGGAGUUUAUUUGGGUGAUAACAAAUAUAAAUAUAUUUGCGAUGAUUUUGCUGUUAAGAAUAAUUUAUGUGACAAAUCCCAAUUGGGAUUAUUUAUCGUGAAACCAGGGGCAACCAAUAAUACUAUCUUGACAGCGAAAAUACCGCAAUUAGGAGCAGCAGCCAUACAUUAUCCAAUCAACGAAACUGGUUACUAUUGUGUGUCCACAUUUUCCACCAUUGCAAAGGCAGAGUAUAAAGGAACAAUCAAUUUCCAAAAUGCAUUUGGUCAAUUGAGUGCAAGUGAAAUACUCAAAUUACCUGCAUAUGCUAUUUUGACCAUAUGUUAUGCAAUUACUUUAGCUUUAUUUGGUUUCCAAUUUUUUAAGAAGAGAAAGGAGAAUCAAAUUUUACCAUUGCAAAAAUAUUUGUUAGCAAUGAUUGCUUUUUUAACAUUCGAUACACUUGUUGUUUGGUCAUAUUUUGAUUUAGUCAAUAGAAUUCAGAGUCCAAGUUCUGCAUUUGCAUUGUUUUACAUGUUUUUCAUUACUUUAUUGAAUUCAAUUAAGAUUACAUUUUCAUUUUUCUUGUUGUUAUGUAUUUCACUUGGAUAUGGUGUUGUUGUCUUGAAAUUAGAUAAAAAGACAAUGUUACGUUGUAAAAUUUUAGCUGGUUGUAAUUUUGUUGCUUGUAUGAUUUACUUUUUGAAUAGCUACUUUUCUGGUUCAUCCAAUGCACUUGCAGCAUCAUCAGAUCUCGAGAAUACCGAUACAGGUAGUUUUGUUGCAUUGUUACCUUUAAUCCCAAUAUCAAUUACGUUAUGUAUUUACUACGUGACCGUAUUAUCAGCAAUUAGAACCACCACUCAGAAUUUACAUAAACAAAGACAAAUUAUCAAAUUACAAUUAUAUCAAAACUUAUUCAGAAUUAUGUUUGCUGCAGUUAUAUUGACAUUUUUUGGAUUGACUAUAUCAUCAUUUGUCUAUUUGAGUAUGUCUACCACGGAAAUGUUCGAGGAACAUUGGAAAGGAUCAUUUUUCAUGUUUGAUUUCUGGCCAAGUAUCGUAUUUUUCCUUGUAUUCAUGGCCAUUGCUUGGUUAUGGAGACCAACUGAAACUAGUUACAUGUUAGCAGUUUCCCAACAAUUAUCAACUGGAGAAGAUGUCGACGACAACGAUCCUAAUGGGGGACAACAAGGACAUGAAUUUGAAUUAGAUGACUUAUCUUUAAUGAGUCACAGUGAUGACGAAGCAGCAGGAGAUAAUAGAAGAAAUGUAGAAAGAGAUAGUUUUGAACUUCCAUCCGAAAAUCAACCGCAGUUCUCUAAAAAGGAUGUCGAUGCACCUCCUGAUUAUGCUAUGGUUGCAGGUGGAGAGGUUGCCGGAUCAAGUAGAUCUAACGAUGAAGGAAAUACAUUAUUUGAAUUGGGAGAAGACGAGGAAGAAGACAACGUCAGUGAUCAUAGUAACGACGAAAGACUUAAACAUGAUAAGUAUAAGGAAUGA